GCGAGCGGCGGCAGUUUGCCGAGCGCGGCUCCUCUGAGGAAAACAGACGUUAACUCGCCGUUGGCCUCCUGCCGCCGACAUGAGCGACCAGGAUGGGGGCGAGAGACUCCCUCUCCCCCGAACCAGCGGCCGCACGACCCCCGACCAGGCCUCAGGAGACCCGGGCUCACCCCAGUGCCUGGAGCUCCGUGAGGAAACCGAGGCGUCACAGGUGACGGCGGGGAGCGGUGAAGGGUGCGCGGAGCGGGUCGCGCUCCCACCGCCUCCCCAGGUGAUGGAGGAGGGCGGCGCUCCCCAGGGCCCCUCGAGCUGUGGACUUUCCCUCCGGGUCAGAGUUGGGGCACUUGGCGGUUCCGUAGGCACCGAAGCGGGGCCAGACGAGGCUCUUCCCGCGGGGGUGAUGGGAGCAGCCGCGGGGUCCGUGGCCGCGGACGGCCGCCUGACAAGAGUCCGUCGGGCUGGAGAGCCGCGCGGCCUGGGUGUGGAGAAGGCCCUCGAGAUCUGUGGCGCAGAGAGGUCGGGCUCUGAGGUGAUGGCGGGGGCGAAUGCGGAGAAAGUAAAGCCGGAAGCGUGCAGCAUCGUUCCAGCAGGAGAAGGCGUCGUGGGGGAGGAGGUCGUGGAGGAGAUGGAGGUGGAAGCGAGGUCGGUGGAGGAAAGCCGAGGGGUGGAGGAGGUGCUGGCGGCAGGGCCCCGCCCCCUGCGGAUCGACCUCCGCGUCAACCCCCUGGAGGCCAUCCAGCUGGAGCUGGACACUGUCAACGCUCAGGCCGACAGAGCCUUUCAACAGCUGGAGCAGAAGUUUGGGAGGAUGCGUCGGCACUACCUGGAGCGGAGGAACUACAUCAUUCAGAACAUCCCGGGCUUCUGGGUCACUGCCUUUCGGAACCACCCCCAGUUGGCGCCCAUGAUUAGGGGCCAAGAUGCAGAGAUGUUAAGAUACAUAACCAACUUGGAGGUGAAGGAGCUCAGGCAUCCUAGAACCGGCUGCAAGUUCAAGUUCUUCUUCCGAAGAAACCCCUACUUCAGAAACAAGCUGAUUGUGAAGGAAUAUGAGGUCAGAGCCUCUGGCCGAGUGGUGUCUCUCUCCACUCCGAUCAUAUGGCGCCGGGGCCAUGAGCCUCAGUCCUUCAUUCGCAGGAACCAAGACCUGGUCUGCAGUUUCUUCACCUGGUUUUCAGACCACAGCCUUCCAGAGUCUGACAAGAUUGCAGAGAUUAUCAAAGAGGACCUGUGGCCAAAUCCACUGCAGUACUACCUGUUGCGUGAAGGAGUCCGAAGAGCCAGACGUCGCCCAAUUAGGGAACCAGUGGAGAUUCCCAGACCCUUUGGGUUCCAGUCUGGUUAAGCUUUGUUCUCCGAAAUAUUGCACAAGCCCCCCGACCCCCACCCCCAUUUCUUGCUCAACCUGUCUUGGGCAGCAGAAAUGGGUAUGGUUGCCUUUUUUUUUUUCUCUCCCUGACAUCUGCAGCCUUUUUCAUCCAGACAUUCAGUUCUCCACCUCAGGUUUGGGACCUUCAUGGCCGCCGUCCUCCACUUUCACAUGCCUUCAUGCUGUUCUGCAUUACUGUUACGUGCUGCAUGGUCAUAGUUCACAUCUAAGCCAAGCAAAUGUAGAUUGUCUAUCUGUACUGUUGUUCCUAGGGCCUGGGGUCUGGUUCUUACCACGUGUAUUCUAAUUUUGCCUCGGAGCCCAUUCUACCCUUGCGCUGCAGUACAGGCUUGUGAACAGUUGCUGGGCAUUAAUGAUAGAUAUCAAGGGACAGCAGCAGUGGGCUCCUUGAUCUGUGACUUACUGUUACACCUGUGCUCUUUUUGUACUUUUGGUCACCUAGUGCUGCCUGCUCCUGGCUCUGUCCACCUCCACUGGCUACUAGCUAAUGGAUGAACAUCUUCAGACUCUUUUCCUCCUCAUUGUCUAUUUUCUGGUAAACAAGACCACUUCCAGGUUUUCUGUCAGCACACAGAAGACCCAUUUCUCUUCCCAAAGGUCUCCCCUGCCUUGAUUCCUCAUCCUCUCUUCCCUCCACCCACAUCAUCUAAGAAUCCUGAUGACUAUAAGACAGGUGGUUGAGGUGAUAAGUUAGACUCUCUCCUCAUGGUAAGGCUAAGGAUGGUAUCCAUUACCAGGCUUUUUCAGCCUCAACUAGUGAAUGCACACAAAAACCUAGGUACCUUUAUGUGCCUCCUUUCUUCAUGCUAAAGUACACUUGGUCUAUUCUGUUUAAAAAAAAAGUGAUAGCUUAGAAAAUCUGCAGAAGCAGGCCUUUUAAUUUAGCUCUUUUCAUUAUUUUCAGAAAUAGGUUGUCCUGUAAAGUAGACUGCCUUAGAUUUUCCUCAUCCCCAGCCUCUGUACCCCCUUUUAGCAACACCUAGGGGAUUUAAAGGGAGACAGAUCUAGAUGGAAUGGGAAGUAAUAUCUAAUUCUUAGUAUAUGGAAGAACUAAAGAGAUUGUGACGGAUACCCUAAGCAGUGGGAACUGAGUAAAAGGCCACAGGCAAAAUGAGCCAUGUAAAAACUGGGCCUAAAAUUGACUGAGAGGGUCUCCAAGGCAGAGGUGCUUUCUCUGUCACUAGUGAUGGGAGGAGAAACAUUUUUCUCAGCAUUUUUAAUGGGAGAAUUGAAGCUGGAGUUUUAAAUAUGUUACCUCUAGAAGAGGUCUUAAAACACAACUAUGGGUGCAUUCUUGUUUUCAUUUGACUUAAUUUAUUCAAAAGAUAAAUACCUUGUCCUUUAUUUCACUAGUAUUUAGUAAAACACUGUUAUUUUCUCUGUUUCUGAUUACCAGGAAAGUUGAACUGUACAGACUUUUCAAUUUCAGUUGGGAACAUUUGGGAAUGUUCCUGUACAACAGAUAUAUAAAUGAAUAUUUGUAAUGAUUUUCAACUUGUUUCUCUUUAAACUGUCUUCCUAGAAAUAUAAUUUGAAUAGCUUGGUCUUGUCAGAUUCUUAAGACUUUGGAAAUUGUCUACAUGGAAAAAUAACUUACAAAUGAGUGUGAUUUGGUUAACUUAAUAAUUUGUUCUGGUAACAAUUUAGGAUUGAUGUCUCUUUUCCUAAAUCGAUUUAAUAUUUGUGAGACUGCGUUGUCAAAUUCAGUGUACGAUUGGCAUAUUUGUCUUAUACGCAUGAUGGUAAAAUAAAAGCAUGUUACUCUGCUAGAUUUCUUAAAUUUCACACUGCCUAUAGCAUGCUUAAUGAAAUUGUUCAAGAUAACAUUAGAAUUAAAGUUCUUAAGUUGCAUUAUUCCAAAAGUACAAUUAUAGGGCUUUCUGUGGGGUUUUAUUGCUAUUGUUUUACUUCAGAAUGUUAUCAGUGCCACCUGGUGAUGUCACUUUUUUUCCAUAUAACCACCAUCCUCUCACUUCAAAUCCUCCCUUUCUUUCUCUGGAAGUGGUAUUUUUAGGUCAUUCAGACUCUUUUUUAAAAAAAUUCACUUGUAUAUUUGAUAGGCAGAAAUUCUAGAGAUACUAUCAUUAGUGACAAACUCUAUUCCCAUAGUUUCUGAGCUGUAAAAAUUCUUUACGCUUUAAAUCUCGCCAUCUUCUGUGUUUCAAAUGAUUCAGACGUGUCAAUAACUUCUCUUUGGGGAAGAUGAAAUUCUUUAUGUACUUGGUGUACUUUGUAGGGAACCUCUGUUCUAGAAAAUAACACAUAAUUUAUUAUAGUGAACUCCAUAAAUGCUAAGCAUUUAGACAGGCCCUGGCAAGAUAAGAAGAUAAAGCCCAUUCCCUUUUAAAUAAUUGGGGAAAGAUGAUAGGCAAACAUUUGACACAGUGGUAGAGUGAAAAUGUAAAGGUAGCUUUUCACAUGUUUUUUCAUCUCCCUUUCCAGUUUGAAAUCUUUGUGAAAGCAGAGAUUGGGGAGUCUUUUACAUCCCUCACUACAUCUAGCAUAAUGUUUUUGUACAUUAUUGUCAACAGAUAAAUAUUUGUUGAAUGACAAAAUGAACAACUCAAAUGGAGAAAAAGAACAAAAUAACCCAGUACCCAGAAGGACUUUUGAUGAGGUCAUGGGAAAAUGGUUAAGGCAUCUGUAAAACCUAAGUUAAACUUCCAAAAAGUUGCAAAACUUUUUCUUAAAUAACAUCAGAUUUCUCAUUUAAGUAAUGAGAAAAGAUCUUAAUACCGUGACAUUUAACCUUUCAUUUGCCAUCCUAACAGAGCGUUACUUAAAUCGGGAUAAGUUUUUAUGUCCUUUUGUUUUUAUCUAUUUUAAGAUGACUACGCUGGAAGAAGGGUUUAGACUUUAUUUCUGAAAAUAAUGAAAAUCAUGCUGUCCAAUGUAGUAAUCACUAGCUACCAGUGGCUAUGAGCACGUGAAACAUGGCUAGUUCACAUUGAGAUCUGCUAGCAGUAUAAAGUACACACUGGAUUUAAAAAUAAUGUAAAUUUUUUAUUGCAAAUUGAAUAGUUUUGAUAUAGAAAGUUAAAUAAAAUUCACUUAGCAUAAUCACAAUUCAUUUAAAACUUGUAUUGUUUUAUUGAGGUAACAUUGGUUUAUGACAGUAAGAUUUAGAGAUACAGGUUCACACCUUUUCAAAUGUAUGUUACCACAAUCCUCCACUGUAGUUGAUUGGGCGCCACUCUCCCAUUUAUUAAUAUGGGAGGCCUACAUUUGUGAGCAGUAUUUAUUCCCUAUGUUCCUGAGAUGCUUUGAGCUCUGAUGGGCCACCUUGAUCUAUAUCCUGAUUUUAGAAAUUCUAGGGAAAAUUUCCAUCAGGUCACUUUAGAAAACUUGAUCUUUUUUUUUGGCUUCACUUUUUCCAAAAAGAUUUGCAUUUAACCUAACUUCCUUGAGGACAGGACAAAAUGGUCCUAUUAAAAUAAAAAGGGUCACUUAGGUAAGCUAUUGAUUUUUAUUAUAUGCCCGUUUAGUGGCCAGAAAAGAUAGGGAAGACACACUUGGUUUGCGAUUAAAUCAGUUUUACAAUAUUCCCUAGUGUGCUGGCCAAAAUAAAUAGUCUCUGAGCCUAAAUUUCCUUAUCGAUAAUGCAGGGAUGAUAAUACCUCUAUUGUAAGUUAUAUUGCUCCAGGAUGUAUUUGGAGAAAAACAUCUGGAACUUACUAUGUGCCAGGUACUGUGCUAACAGAUAUGUAUUAGUAUAAAGGUUAAAGAUUGCAAAAAUGCCAGACACACUGUGUGGCAUGUAAUAUAUAAUUAGUAAAUAAUAAUUUUCACUUACCUUCCUCUCAAUUUUAAUUUCUCAUUUAUUUACAUCUAGACAAGUUGUCAUCUAUCCUAACAUGUCUCAAACCUGACUGUUCCUUAUUAAUUAGUUGAGGAGCUUUGAAAAAAAUCCUGAUGGGCUUUACUUCAAACCAAAGUACACCCAAACUUACAUACAGAUUUGAGAAUCAUGAAUCACCUUUCCUUAGACUCAUUUGAGGAAAUAUACAUUCUCAAGUUUUGUUAAAUGUACUCAAAUUUUCUGCCUCAAAAUAUUCAACUAACUUCAAAGAGCCUGACAUAUAAUAGUAAGCUCUUAGCACCUUUGCUCCAUAUUUUGACCUAUGUAAUCAUGCAAAAUGGAAUUAGCCCGAUUCCACAAAAAGCUCUUCCUCAUAUUCUUUCCCUUAGACUCUUACCCCCACCAAGAAGCUAUAUUCCUUCAAUGUUCCUCAUCCAUGCUAGUUUAAUGAGUCAUGCCAAUGUUCUUCGUACAGUCUGAUGCCCAAGACUGAACAAAAUAGCCUCCAAAUAACAGAAUGGGUUUCAUAAUGCUUUUAAAUGGAUCCUGGGAAAACAGUAUUACCCUUUUUACUCCUAAUAGGAUCAUAAUUUACCAAACGCUUUAAAGUUCUAAAGCAUUCAUGUGCUGAGUUAUACUGCUUUAUUGUGUCCAACCGCUGACAUGUAUCUAUAUUAAUUUUUACUGUUAAAUUAGGUUAAAUUAAAUUCUUUUAACCUAUUCACAUUUACAGGAUUAUUAUUUGAGUAAUUUUCCCCCUAAUUUCAUACCAUUUACAAAUCUGGUGUGCAGCUGGGUCAUUGUUGAAUUUCUUGCAGGAACUUUUCUUUCAGAGGGACACAUUUUCUAGGAUACAGUUUUCCCAUCAACUAUGGAUCCAUCAUUCUCUAGUCGAUAUAUAACUUUAGUUUAACUUUGUCAUAGGACAUCAGCAAGCACAUGUCACAUGUCUUUUAAGAAUUAAAGAAAGAUGCCUUCUUCCAGGCUGGUGGAUUAGAAAGGUAUCAGUUUCUCCCAGUUGCUGUCCUUAAGUACAGAUGUACUUUGUCUUUCAAAUUCCCUUAUCCAAAAAGCAAAUGACUUUUUAGUGAUCUUUUGUUUUCCUCUGUUGAUCACUCUUGCUUUUGAAGGCAGUAUUAAUGUUUUAAUAUUACUGUUCUGUGGGUUUGAAAUUUUUCAAAAUAAAAUAGUUGAAGAUAUACUUAAAUGAUACACAUUAUUUUGUUUAAUUAGUCAUCAAAAAAAAGCCUGUUGAAACUACAAAAAUGCAGUUAAAGGUCUAUUAGUCAUCUUGAUCACUUCCUUUCAAGGUGAUAACUGUCAAUAUGUUGUUUUAUAAUUGGAAAUUAAGGGAGGUAAUAAGUAGGAAGCACAUUAUGAAGUUAUCAGUGAUGGGUUAUUUCACACAGUUCUACAUAGAUCCAGAAUUGCCCCAAUUGAACUACAUAUCUAGAAACAAAUUCAUUUUGGGAUUCAUGUACAAACUUCUAGAAAUGUGGAAUUUUUUAAAAUAUUUAUGCAUACAAGAGCUGGGGUACAAGCCAGAGAUGUGGGGGGUGAGAGGAUUCACCAGAGACAGUGGGGAACAGGACAGGCAGAUUGACCAAAGUACACUGCUGAGGGGAGCAGCGGGCGAGUCAGGAGAGGUCUGCUGCGCCAUGUGGGUUGCUCCCUAGCCCGCUGGGGAUCGAACUCGUGGUGCAGAGGCUGCAGAUUGCGUCAUAGUGUGGUGCUUAACCCAUUGUGCCACCAGGGAGGCCCCUAGAAAUGUGGAUCUUCUUGAGAUUUGGUUUUAACAAAUGCCUGAGGCUGAGGCCCAUUGGUGGAGUUCAGGGUGUCAUUACUGAAUUUCCCAGCAACUGAAAAUCAUGAUUCAUACACAUGAGUCUGUGAAUAUCUUCUAAGAGAGGACUAUUUCCAAGUCUUCAUUUCUUCAAGCUUCAGAUUCUGAAAGUUCAGGGCAGCUUAGUACCAGCAAAUGAAUGCCUGCUUUCCAGUCAGCAUAUAUAUCCAGUUUGAGUUCAGUUGCAUUUUCUUGAUAACAAUGCUAUUAAAAUAUUGAAUGCUAUGCAUUUAAUCCCUACCACCACCUGUUGUUUUGUCUAAAUCAUUUGUUACAGGGCAGGUUCUUUUUGCUCUCCUAAGAAUCCAAGAUGUGGGCCUCCUUGGUGGUACAAGGGGUUCGGUCUCAACACUAUCAAGCUAUCAGCAGCCACUGGCAGCAGUUCAAUCCCCAGCCAGGGAGCUAACCCACAUGGCCCAGCAGACCUCUCCUCUCUUGACGGCUGCUCCCUUCAGCAGUGUAUUUAAGUCAAUCUGCCUCUUCUGCUCCCCACUCAGUCUCUAGUGAAUCCUCUUCCUCCCCCCCCACUCUGGCCUAUACCCCAGCUCUUGUAUGCAUUAAUAAAUAAGAUGAAUCUUGAAAGAGACCAAGAUGUUCAUAAUACUUUGUUAUUGUUAACAAAUUUUAAAAGAUUUUAUUUUUGCGAAGAACUGGGUACAGGCCAGAAGUACAGGGAGGGUGUGAGGAUUCACCAGAGACAAAAUGGGGAGCAGCACAGGCAGAUGUACUGAAAUACACUGCUAAGGGGAGUAGCAGGUGAAACAAGAGAGGUCAGCUGUGCCAUGUGGAUUAGCUCUUUGGCCAGGGAUCAAACUCAGGUCAUCACCGUGGGCCUUCUCGGUGGUAGAGCUGAGACUUAAACCCUAGGCCAACAGGGAGGCCCUAUUUUUGCCUUUAUUAAGUAUAAUCUAUAUACAGUAUAAGAAUGUUCAUAACAGCUUUUUAAUAAUAGCUCAAAACUAGAAACAAACCAAAUGCCCACCAGUAGGUGAAUGAAUAAAUUAUGGUAUAUUUAUACAAUGGAACAUGACUCAGUAAUAAAAAGGGACAAACUAUUAAUCACAGUAACAUGGAUGAAGCUCUAAAACAUUUUUAAUUGAAAAAACACCAGAAUACACAUUAUAUAAUUCCAUGUAUGUGCAGUUCAAUUACAUGGAAAGCUGCUCUAGAGCAACAAAAAUCCAAAGAGUAGUUGCCUCAGGGUUGGGGAGAGUAACUAGAAAAAGUGUGAACUGCAGAGAUGAUAGUAAUGCUCCACAUUUUGAUUUGGGUGAUGACACAUAGGUAUCCACUUAUCAAAAUUUGUAAAAGUGUACACUUAGGAUUCAUGCAUUUUAGUGGAUAUAAAUUAUAACCUCAAGAAAUAACAAAUGUAAAACUGUUGAGAAUAGAAAAACUGGAAAUCGUUUGUCCCGCUCCAGUGCUUUGACUUCUCUCCUGCGCUUAGGUAAAAGUUGCUGACUUGACUUUUACAAGAUUUUAUUUGCUAUUUCUUCUUAAAAUUAUACAAUUUCAUUAAAUAUUGGAUGUUAAAAAAUUUUUUCUCCCUUAACUCCAGGCCAAAAUUUCACUCU